AUGGCGUUGACGUCUCGCAUCACCCUCACAGGCGCUCCUGCCGAGGAUCCCGAGGACUUCUUCGGCGCGUCGCUUGGCGUGAUUUUCCCGGACGAUGUGAUGAACCAACAUGGUGACGCCGACCACGGGCUCCUGUACCAGUCGCCGCAUCUCCCCAAGCCCCUCCACAUCAGCCUGGCAGACCCGACGGGCGACGACGACCGCCGCCUCUUCAGCCACUACCUCUGGAACGCCUCGCUGCUGCUGGCCGAGUUUGUCGAGUCCGGCACCCUCGGCCUGGAUGACAGCGCCGGCGUGACGAGCCCGCUGGGACCCCCGCUGUCCACCUUCAGCGUCCGCGGCCUCUCCGUCCUGGAGCUGGGCGCCGGCACCGCCCUGCCGUCCCUGCUGGCCGCCCUCCUCGGCGCCACCCGCGUCGUCCUGACCGACUACCCCGCGCCCGCCGUCAUCUCCAACCUCACCGCCAACGCCACGCGCAACGCCCGCCCGGAGCUCUCGCCCUCGGGCGUCGUAGCCCCCGUCGAGGUCGACGGCCACGCGUGGGGCGAGCCGGCCACGGCCCUCGCGAAGGCGAACCGCCGCGCCUUCGACAGGGUGCUGGUGUGCGACUGCCUGUGGAUGCCGUGGCAGCACGAGAACCUGCUCUGGUCCGUCGACUGGUUCCUGGCCGACACGCCCGACGCGAGGUGCUGGGUCGUCGCCGGGUUCCACACUGGGCGCGACAAGAUGAGGGGGUUCUUUGACGGUGAGCGCCUGGCGCGGCUGGGGCUCGAGGUCGAGAGCAUCUGGGAGAGGGACUGCGACGGCCUGGAGAGGGAGUGGGUGCUGGACAGGGGCAUCGAGGACCCCGUCGGCAGGAAGAGGUGGCUUGUCUUUGCCGUGCUGAAGAGGGCUGCGCGUUGA